AUGAACCCAAAAAUCAGCCUUCAAGAUGGGAGGCUCCAAAUGGAAGCCCUGGAAGCCCUUUGUUCUCAGCUCUCCUGCUCCCCCAACCUGGAGAGGGGGCAGGGCCUUCCAGGAGAAACACCAGGGGAUGCCUUCACCCUGGGCCUCUGGAAUCAGGGGACACCUGCACCCCAGGUGUCAGGGAUGAGGGGACACCUGCACCCCCAGCCUCUGGGAUCAGGGGGCGCCUGCACCCCAGGCCUCUGGGAUCAGGGGACACCUGCAUCUCGGGUGUCAGGGAUCAGGGGACACCUGCAUCCCAGGUGUCAGGGAUCAGGGGACACCUACACACCGGGUGUCAGGGAUCAGGGGAGACCUGCACCCUGA